GCGAGACUGAUUGUAACUAUGGGGAACCAGGAAUGGAAGGUUGGGUCAAAACUGUGAUGAUUUGAACAAAGUAUAGCAAACAAGGACUCAGGACGAGCACAGCUUCUGGAUAAUCUCCUGAAGAUGUCUACGAACUUCUAGAGGCGUGGGGGGAAGAGCAAUGAAACGGCGGUCCUCACGAUGUCCAACUUCUCGGAGGCGCGUGGCGAACUCGGGACACCCAUUUUUUGUAUCCGCCACGCACAUAAUCACAUCCGGCCGGGCAUUGAGCAAGUUCAGUGAUGCAUCGUCGAAGUUUUGUUGGAGAGAUCUUGGCAGCCUACUGGAUCGUCCUCAUGGAGUGUGGAACUCUAUAAAGAUUAUCCUCAGCGCUGGGAAGGGCAUCCACCACUUCACGGAUCCCAUAGCAGUUGUAGAAGAGAACGGGUCUAUAGAUUGGGUAAGGUAUCCAAGAAACUCUAUUACAUCCGAAGUGGGUGCCCCGGAAUGUUUGAACACAAGAUCUCAACACCCUGAGGCUCCCAGAGCGGACCAACGAUCCACUUCUCAGAUCACUGACAGUGAGCUCAUGAAACCCAAAAAAUUCGAUAUUGGGGAGCACAUCAUUGCAAAUGAUCUGGAAUUGCUCGUUCGAUUCAUCCAUAUCCUGUGCGAGUGAGGCACGCAGUCCAGGUGCUUGAGGUUAGGAGCAGCUUGGAGAGGAAACGGAAGGGAUUUGCAAACCACUAGUUCCUCAAGAGCUGGAAACGAGAGUGAUGCUAAUGGAGUAGACGCAUGGAAAGGCGGUCGGUUACGGUAAAAUUGGAACAGAAAAGUCUCCCCCCAAAUUAAACUCCCGGAGAGUCAGAGGAGUUCUUCCCCAGAAAUCUACUCCCAUAGAUAGUAAGAUUCGCAAUGUAUCGAGAUGAGGCAUAUGAGGUAGAGGAAACCAUUCAGUUGCCUACCACCGCCCCCAUUCCCCC